AUGGACUACGACCCAGAAUUUAUAGAAGAAGUAGGCAAUGGUUAUGAUAAGUCAGUUUCUUCACUUUUUUACGAUGAUAAUUCUGAUAUUGAUACAGAUGACGAAGAAGAGGAUCUCAAUCAAGAAGUCAGACGCUCAGACAGAGACGAAGAUAGAAUGGACGUUGACGAAGAAGAUGUGCUUGGAUCAACUGUUGAAGAUUUAAUUAAUGGCUUUAUAUAUGUUGAUGGAUUUGUUAUUAAGGAUGGGAAGAUUUUUAAUCUGUGGGGAUCUAGUUUUAAACGCAACCAUAGACUUGUUUUGGAGGAAAUUAGAAAGAAACAUUUAAGACCAGUGAAAAUUUUCAAAUACUUGGAAGGAAGAAUCUGCAGAAUUAAAAACAGAACCAUUUUCAAAUAUGUGGAUCCUGUGACAAGGUUCAUGAGUACUAAAAAAGGAAAAAAAAGUUUCCUGAAAUACCCAUCUUCAAUUUGUACUAAAGUUACUGGAGCAACUGUUAAUUUGAAUACCAAUGAGUAUGUUAUGAUUGUUUGUGGUGAACCUGACGAGGACGAUUUUGAUUUUCCCCAUGUUGAUGAUCAACCACUUCAGUUGGUUCGAAACAAUACUAUAUUAAAUAGACAAUAUGGUAAUAUAGAGUAUGAUGAUGAAGACAUUCAGAUGUUGAAAGAUGCAGACGAUGCUGAUAUAAUAAAGAUUGGUAAAAUGGUUUAUUUAACAUUAUACAAAAAAGCUGUAACGUCAAAUGAAUUCAAGCAUAUUAUGACCACGACGAAACAUCCUGGGGGCGAAAAAACCACUCAGUUCAUAAGAGAACAUUCACCAACUUAUGCAGAAUCAUUAGCUCAUUCAUUUGGAAGACUUUUAUGUAUACUUUGGAUUGCUAAAGAUUUAAAAUAUAUUGAUAGUGAAAAAUAUCCAACUGAUUUGGCUCUUGUUGAAGAAAUAAAAAAUCCAUCAGAUGAAAGAAAAGUAGAAUCAGUUGCAAAAUUGGUUAGAAGAUUUGUUGAGGAACCAAGUUCAUUAAUUGCUGCUGCAUUUUCGUUAUUUUUCACUCGUUUUUCGGGAAGCAUGUUUUAUCUGCCCUCGUUUUGUAUUAAACGACUCAACAGUAUCAAAAAUAUUUGUAAGUAUGCAAUGGCUACUAGUGCCGAAAAGUUGUUCAAAUAUGAGCAAAAUAAAUCAUCAAGAUCAAAACACGAAGUACCUGGGACUGUGCUUACUGAUAAUUUAUUUACGGCAUUACUAAAAGAAAAGGAAAUCAAAGCUGCAUAUAUUGUGAAAUGUUUAGAUAAUGAUACCUGCAAAAUUGAAAAUGUAACAGUUUCGAAAGAUGAUUUAACGGAUAUCUAUAAAACUGCUAAAACUGUUUUUGACGAAUCUUGGCAACUGAUUUGUCUUCAUGCUAGAAAAGAUGUAACUCAAGAAUUAGUAUAUGCCAACUACUUAUCUUAUUAUACAUCAUCAACAACAAAACCAACCAACUUUUUACCAGAAAAAUUUCCACAUACAUUUAAAAGUGGACUAAUUCAAGACGAAGAGAAGGUGUUGGAGAUAAUUCAAAAGUGUACUUUAGCACUUAUGGUGAUGGUUUACAUCACAUCCUGCAAUACCUUCAGGUUCCCAGAACUCCAUACUUUGGCGUUUAGAGCAAAUUCGUAUGAAGAAAGAAAUAUACUCACCAUUAAUGAUAAUCUUCAUAUAUCAACAUCAUACAAUAAAAAUGGAUCACUGGAAUACAGAGUUCGUUGGUAUCCUAAGGUUAUGACUAAAAUGAUGGUUGCAUUUUUGUUUGCUAUUCGACCAUUGCAGAUUAAGUUAUUAGAAGGUAAAUUGGGAAAAAUUAGAUCAGAUGAUUAUAGAGGUGAAGUUGAUGCUAUAAACUGUUUUUAUAGACUCGUUUUUUUAGACAAUAGUGGAAGAUUAAUUCAAUUGAGAAAUUUCACAGAUUUUUUACAUGCUUGUCUACCAUCUAAAAGACUUGGUUCCAGAUUUUUAAGACAAGCCGUAUCUUUUAUGGCCAAAAGAAAUGUUGCAGCUAGAUUGCAUCAAGAUGCAGCUGAUUUUAUGGAAAGGUUACAAGGGCAUACUCCCUUAACUGCUAGAAUUAACUACGCUCAAGACUUAAAUAGUAUAAACAGGUUUUUUGGCGAAUAUCAGCUUCAUGCUGUUGAAUCAUUGUUUUCGAACUGGUGCAGGUAUCUUGAGAUAGUGGAUGAAAAAGAGCUUUCACAACUACAAACACAACUACCACCAAUUGAUCCACUCCGCUUAUUCUCAAAAUUCAGUACUUUAGAUAUUGAAAGAAAACUUUUAGCAAAAUAUCCAAAUUAUGACCCUACAAGUUUCCAAUCAAAGGCAAUUAGAGAAUUGUUAAUGGGUAAUUGUACAUCUUUAUUGAUAACUGCAUUAACUGGUGCUGGUAAAACAGAUUGUGUUUCAACACCAAUGGAAUUUUUCAAGAAGUCUACCGACUGUCAUUUAUUACAUGUUGUUGUUGUACCAUAUGGUAGUUUGAAAUCAGAAAUGAUGAAGAGAUUUGGGAAAAACUUCAAGGCCAUUGAUGGUGAAAAAAAUACUGAUGUUAGCGAAAAUACAGAUGUCAUUGUUUGCAAUUAUGAACUUUUGAAAAGUAAAACGUUUGAGGAUUUGUUGACGAGGAAUCAAAGACGUCUUGGUUUUAUUGUUUUCGAUGAAGCUCAUUUGAUUGAAGAAGAAGAAUAUCGAUUUUUGAAUUUAAUGAGAGCAAAUAUUAUCAAGUUGUUUAUGAAACUGGUAUUUUUAACUGCAACUCCAACUUCAACUUUAAUAGGUCAUUUGGAAAAACAGUUUGGAGUUAAAAUUGAGUUGAUUGAUGGUAUUAAAGAAGUCUGUCACAAAUCUAUAGUUCACCAGUUCAGAAACGUCAAAAGAGACGAUGUUACUGUUGAAACUCUUAAAAGAUUGAAAGCUGUUUUAAAACAUAGUCCAGAUUCAAUAAGUCUUGUUUAUUUCCAUAGUACUGCGUCAUUGGAAAAUUUUCUCAAAAUCUGUUUAAUUAACUUUGAUGAAAAUUUGAUAGGUGUUGUUGUUGGUUUAAAGAGUUCUAAAAUGUUCGAUAGUAAAUUUUUAGGUGUUGAUGGUAAAAAGAUAAUUCUUGGAACAAGGGCUUUAACUGUGGGUUUUAAUAAUCCCAAUUUUUUUCAAAUAAUAUACUAUCAAACAGUUGUGGAUAUUAGUACUUAUAUACAAUGCACUGGUAGACUUCGAAAUGGAGGAAUAUCAACUAUAUUGUACACAUACCGUCAAAACCUUCCACUUAACAUGUCAAGAUCCAUUUUUUCACUAAUUGCAGAUUUCUACAAAUUAAAAGAUCCAGAAAUUAGUCAAGAAUCAAACAAUGAGAAAUUGAUUGCAGAAAAUGAUGUUAUUGCAAAUAUUAUUAAGGAUAAAACAAGUAGUCCAGUUAUGGAAAUUACAGGGCAGGUGGAACCAGAAGAUCAGAUGGAGUUUGCUGAGGUAGAAAAUGAACCUGAAAUUGAGAUAAAUCAAGAAAGGGCUUUUCCUUUAGAAUAUGGUAUUGAUGCAACAAAUGAUAGUGUUGAUUGGGAUUUUAGUGAUGAUGAUGAUGUGAUUGCACAACCGUCAAGAGGACAACAAAAUACGAUGAGAAUCGAAGAAGUGGUGAAGUUAUGCGAGCCCACAAGCGAUUUCAAUAAAUUUUUUAAUGCUACGGAAAACAAAGGUUUUGUAUAUGGUGUCAGAAAUAUUUUAGACAUUUAUCGUUCAAUUGCUGAUGAAAGACCAUUUGACCUUCCACCCGAUAAGUGUGGUAAGUGCUUUUUCCAUAAAGAUAGAUGCCAAUCUAGCAAUUUUGAUUCAACUAUUAAUAAUUUAUUGGGACUGAAGAUUAUGUUGGGAAGAGUCGACUUAAAAGACGUUAGUGAGAUGAUGCAAAAUAGAUCGUUUGAAAAGUUUUUGAAUGUUGAUAGUCAGUUUAUUGAAGAAUUGAAAAAGUAUAGAGAUCGAACUAUGUCACCCUUAACAAUCAAGCCUUUACCAAUUGGAGUUAUUCCGUCAGGAAAAGAACUUAGUGAUGCAUAUAGAAAACUAUUGUUAGGAUUUGAAGCACUCAAACUAUCACCAUUAGAAUAUAUCUGUAAAAAAACCGAGCAAAUUUAUAAUAGUUCAGAGUUUCUAUUCCUGAAAGAAAUGGUCAUGUAUGGAAAGGGUUAUGGUUUCUCCGACCUAGCAUGCUGUACUAAAGAGGUCAAUAAUAUUAUGCACGCUAGGUUUGGUAAUGGAUGUGAAAAUUGUGGCUUGGUGCAUCGAGGUGAUUGCCCCUAUCAACAUACCAAGGAGUUGUUUUAUGUUAUAUUUUAUUCAAAGCUCAAUUCCAAUCGUGUAGCUAAUUCUGAUGGGAUCUUGUUUUUCAAGCAUUGGCUCUACAUGCUUUCAAACGAUUUCAGCAAUCCUUAUAUGCAAUUGCUUGUUAGUUUGGGUCCAGUUAAUAGAGUUUGA